CUUGCUCUAGCUUCCUUCGGUGAGAAUGCGCGCUUUGGCACGUUGACUACGCGCUGACUCCCUUUUUAUCAAGUCGUUGGGAUAGGUGAGGAGUGCAUCUAUCAUGUGGUUGUUUUCAGAAUUCUGACCGAUGUUGAUGAUCUACAGCAGCCGUGGGGACUGGAUAUAAGAUUCAGACCUGGACGAAAAUACGGUCAUCAGAGCUCAUCGCGACGCUAGGGGGCAUUGCUUUUGCGCUUGCCUUGGCGGUAGAUAUUGUACAGCCCGCAAUGAUGUUGCAUGCUUUGCGCUGCAGUCGAGGCGAAAGGAACACCGUUUCACGUAGCCUCGUUGGUGUUGCGCAAGUGUGGACAGUUUAUCUGUCUGGUACCGGAAUGUUCACCAGCAUCAUAGCAUUAACUGCACUGAUAUUGUUCUGGUUAAAUCGUUCAGACUUGCUCUUCCUUGGAUUAAUGGAGAUACGAAGCAGAUUGUACGCAACCUGUUUCUUAUCGAGCCUAACUGCUCGACGACACUCGAGAAUGGAUAAGGCCGAAGCCGUAUGGACGUCCUGGGACUUCGGUCGGAAGAGCGAUAAUGCUGUUUUGUCGACUCAAAUUAUAAACGCUGUGGACUCUUACCAGAGUUGUCAUGAAGACGACCUACCGAGUGCCACUGCCAAGGCGCAAACAUCGCACGUCUGACAUGUCUCUGCUCUGGUGACGGCAUCUUAGAUAGUGUAAGAACAUGAUACGAGGUGGCUUGAUCUUAUCAUUGCCCCAUGGAUCAGUAUGAUGGACUCACAAAUCCAUACAUUUAGCGUAAUGCUCGACUUGUAUUCUUGGAAAUAUAGCUUGGAUAUACCGACC